AUGGUUCAGUCGCCUAUGAUCUCAUGCCCCCUCAAGCAGACCAACGAAAUUGAUUGGAUCCAACCCCUGAAAGACUACAUCCGUCAGAGCUAUGGUGAAGACCCGGAGCGCUACAGUUCGGAAUGUGCUACACUCAACCGAUUGCGCCAGGAUAUGAGGGGUGCCGGAAAGGACAGUGCGACAGGACGGGACCUACUCUAUCGAUACUACGGACAACUUGAGCUCUUGGACCUCAGAUUCCCUGUUGAUGAGAGUCAUAUCAAGAUCUCCUUUACUUGGUACGAUGCGUUCACUCAUAAGCCAACCUCGCAAUACUCCCUCGCGUUCGAAAAAGCCUCGAUCAUUUUCAACAUCUCUGCUGUUCUUUCCUGCCAUGCCGCAAACCAGAACCGCGCCGACGAUACCGGUCUCAAGACCGCUUAUCACAACUUCCAGGCAGCGGCCGGCAUGUUCACCUACAUCAACGAAAACUUCCUCCACGCUCCGUCCAUCGACCUAAACCGCGAAACUGUCAAAACACUCAUCAGUGUCAGUCUCGCCCAGGGACAGGAGGUGUUCCUUGAAAAGCAGGUUGCCGACCAUAAGAAGGUGGGGUUUCUGGCGAAGCUCGCCAGUCAGGCGUCCUACCUGUACGCACAGGCUGUUGAAGGGACACAAGAGCAUGCUAAAGGCAUUUUCGACAAGUCGUGGACCAUUCUCCUGCAAGCCAAAUCCGCGCACAUGGGCUCUGUAGCGUCCUAUUACCAGGCUUUGGCCGACGAUGAGGCAGGUUCGCAUGGAGUAGCUGUCGCUAGGCUGCAGCUAGCGGAGAAGCUCUCAACAAAUGCGCUGAGCUGGGCGAAAUCGUUUCCCUCGUCAGUCGCACCGAACACAAACUUGACAUCCGAGGCUGGACCCAACCUUGUGGACAUUGUCAAAUUCCACCUCGCCAAUGUGCAGGCCCAGCUCACGACAUCCAUAAAGGACAAUGACUUCAUUUAUCACCAGCCAGUUCCCAGUGAAGCGGGCUUAUCCGCUGUGUCGAAGCUACCUGCGGCGAAGGCAAUUCCCGUUAGUGAGCUAUACCAGGGCCAGGAUAUCCAGCGGAUCAUUGGUCCAGACAUCUUCCAGAAGCUCGUUCCCAUGUCCGUCACGGAGACAGCUAGUCUCUACGAUGAGGAGAAGGCGAAACUAAUCCGAGCAGAGACAGAGAAGGUCGAGACGGCGAAUGGAGAGAUGGCAGCGAGCUUGGAUUAUUUCAAGCUCCCAGGUAGCUUGAACAUUCUGAAAGGAGGGAUGGACCAGGAGAUGACAGUUGACGAGGAAUUUCAACGAUGGUGUCAGGAGCUGGCCGGCCAUGAUUCUUUCUCGAAGGCCUUUGAUAGUCUGCAAAAUCGCAAAUCGGAGGUCCUGGCACAGCUAGACCAAUGCUCGAAACAGUUGGAUCUGGAGGAGAGUGUCUGCGAGAAGAUGCGCUCUAAAUAUGGGGCUGAUUGGAGCCAGCAGCCUAGUGGACGAUUGAACACAACCCUCCGUAGCGAUAUCCGGACAUAUCGGGAUACCAUCCAUGAAGCAAGCGCCAGCGACUCUCAACUUUCCGCAACGCUUCGACAAUACGAGUCAGAUUUUGACGAGAUGCGAUCCGCUGGAGAGACAGACGAAGCCGACGUUCUCUUCCACAGAGCCAUGAUCAAGGCCGGUUCAAAGCAGGGCAAAGCCAAGAACGGCGUGACUAGUCCGUAUUCAGCUGGAGAAGGCAAUCUACUAGAUGAUGUCUACGACGAUGGAGUCCCCUCUGUGGCAGAGCAAAUCUCCCGAGUCGAGGGUAUUCUGAAGAAGCUCAACCUAGUCAAAAGGGAGCGAGCUCAGGUCUUGAAGGACCUGAAGGAGAAGGUCCACAACGACGAUAUCUCAAACGUCCUGAUCCUCAACAAAAAGUCCAUCACCGGACAAGAAAGUCAGCUUUUCGAGGCCGAAUUAGAGAAAUUCCGCCCCCAUCAAAACCGGUUACUCCAGGCGAACCAUAAGCAAACCGCGUUGAUGAAGGAGCUCACAAAGACCUACGGAGACUUACUGCAGGAUAAGCGAGUGAGAGCUGAGCAAUCGAAGUACGAGGGCAUCACCCGGCAACGCAAUUCUGUGAUGGCCAGGUAUAAAAAGAUCUACGAAUCAUUCAACAGCCUGCGCUCAGGCAUAACACAAGCACAGACCUUCUAUAGCGAGAUGACGGAGACUGUGGACAGCCUCCGAAAGAAUGUUGAUACGUUCAUAAACAACCGCAGGUCCGAGGGCGCCCAGCUUCUGGGCCAGAUUGAACGUGAGAAGGCGAGUGGUACAGCCGAUCACGAGGAGCGCGAGCGAGAGAAAUUGCGGCAGUUGAUGGAGCGCCUUUCGACAGAGCCCAAGCCUCCGUCAGUCCCCCCUCCCUCAUCGGCCACCGGUCCGGCCAAAGCCAAAUCCCCACCGCCACCUGUCAAAGCGCCAGUUUAUCCAACGAAUAUUGCGCCUCCAAAAGCAUCACCACACUUCCCGCCCGCCGUUCCACAACAGCAUGGCACGCCUGUCUCCCAUUCUCCAUCCCCUUACGGCCAGUACAUGCCACCAGGAACUGGUGUGUCCUACCUCCCAUCACAGAACUUUCAGCAAGGCGCGGCCGCACCGCUGUCCGAGGGCUAUAAUCCGAUGGCAUACCCGAUCCCCGCGUCCUCAAUGUCACCCCCCCCUAGCCAACACUUCUACUCCCCAACACCUACUCCUUUCUACACCAGUCCUACCCCACCCGUCCCAUCAAGUCAGUAUAUGCCUCAGGGCUACGUUCCCCCUCCACCACCUCCCCGACCCCAGCAAACCACCUACGCACCGUCGGCAGGUCCAUUCCCCUCCGGCCCCGGCGGCUACGCUCAGGCCAGACCAUACGGCUCCAGCCAGCACCACAAGGUCCAGUCGCAGUCGUCGCCGCAAUCAGGUCAACCAUCUUCCUCGUCCGCCGUUGAUCCCUGGGCUGGCUUGAAUGCCUGGAAAUGA